AUGGCGGGCGAGGGUCACGUAUCGUGGCCCGGCGUCGCGUGCAUCGCCACCGGCGCCCUGUUCGGCUACAGCUCGCGAGCUUUCAAGCGGAACAUACCCCAGUACACGGACUUUCGCGCGCUCGAGCGCGACCUGCGCGCCGCCGCGUCCAGAGCCCGCGCCGAACCCACGCGCCGUCGCCACCACCCCACCCACGCGGCGGGCGAGAACGAGAUUCGCGCCCGACCCGCCCAGGCCGACGACGACGACGACGACGCCCCGUUCGGCAUGCUCGUCGCCAUCACCGGCGCCGCGCGCUCCGAUGUCCUCGUCCCGUGCGUCCACGCCAAGCGACCUGACGGGCGAACCCCCGAGCGAGCCAUCUACGUCGACGCGGUGACGGACCAGUACCUCGCUCGACAAGCUGUGCGAUCGGGCGAGUGGAUCCGCGAUUGCGUCGUCGUCGCCGCGAUGGCGAAAGAGGCGCCCACGUGGCGGCUCGAGGACCCAGCCGGGCACGGGGUGAACAUGCACAGGGCCACGUCGAUGGCUCAGGCGUCGGACGCCGCGAGAGCCGCGGACUGGCACCUGUCGCUCGUGCACGACGAGUUUGAAUCGGCCGGGAGCGCCGGCGCGGGUUCGUCGCUGCACUCGAGGAUCAUAGCCAACGCGCUCGACGUGAACAUGGGGCUGAACGUGCUCGGCUUGCGGCACAGGGAGCGCGUGUUAGCCCCGGGCGCGAGGCUCACGGCGGUGGGCGAAGUGUUCAUCGCCCCAAACGGCGGGCCCGUCGGCGUGGACGGCGGCGACGGUGCCGGGGAGAUUCGUCUCAGGCGACCUAGACGACGGAAAGGUUGGCGACGGCACGGACGCGGUUGGCGACGGAAAGGCGGCACCCCCGGGGACGAAAAGUCGGCACCCGGGGACGGGGACGGGGACGGGGACGACGCGGCGAUGUCGCCGCGGAUGGACCCGAACGUCUUCACGGUGACGCAAAAGCCGUUUGACGAGUACGUGGACGGUUUCGGAUCGUGGGGGAAAGUUAACGCGGCGCUCGGCCUCGGCUUCCUCGGCGUCGGUGUGGCGCUGGUGCUGACGAAGCUGUGGCGCGCGAGGCUCACGAGGUGGAGGGAGGCGCGGUUUCUGCGUCGGAUGAGAGAGGCGGAGGAGGCGCGGCGAGCGGCGGGUGGGGGGGAGGGCGACGACGGGGGCGACACAGCUGGCACAAACACAGACACAGCUGGCGCAAAGGUUUCACCCGGCGAGACGUGCGUGGUGUGCAUGUACGCGAGGAGCGAGGUUGUGUACAAGGAGUGCGGGCAUUUGGUGUGCUGCGGGGUGUGCGCGGGGCGGAUGGACAGGUGCCCGCUGUGCCGGCGACGAUCCGCGCACAUGAGGGUGUACAGGGCGGGACUGUGA